AUGAUGAUGCGGUCGCUGUCGUCCUCCAUCAAGAGGAAGACGAAGAAGAAGCUCUUCUCCAGCAAGAAGAAGGGCGGGAGCGCCCGCGGCGAUCGCCGGCAGGGGACCGCGGACGCGGUCGAGGAAGGAGCCGACGAUCCGGCCUCCGUCGCUGGCCAAAGCUACGUCGACUCAGCGGCGUUCUUCGGUCUGGCCCGCAGCAGCGACGGCAGCUACGAGUCGCUCGAGCGCGCCAAGGAGGAGGGCAAGGCCUUCGAGCUGCAGAACAUGGAGGAGGUGCGACAGGCCCACGUCGAGCGCGACAUGCUGAAGGCCAUGGGUCCCGUGGCGCUGGCGUUCCAGAACGAGAUACAGAUGGAAGCGCGGCCCGCCACGCCCAACACUUCGGCCAAUGACCUCCUCUUGGGUUCGGCCGAGCCGGCGGCUGCGACGACGACGACAACGACGACCACCGAGGAGAAGGGCAAGGAGAAGCCCGGCGAAGCGGAGGCGCUGCAGCACAUCGUCUACGGCGACGCCGACUACUACGUUCUUCUCGUGCUCACGCACCUGCCGCGCGAGCCGAUGGACCUCUUGAACGUGGGCCAGACGUGCACGCUCCUCAAGGAGGUGUCCGAAGACGAAUACCUCUGGCGUGCUCUCUACUACUACUCGAAGGAGAAGCACCAUCUGGAGCACAACCCCUACAAGGCCAAGAGGAGGAAGUGGGGCAACGAGCAGCUGACGUGGCGGGAACGCUACAAGCUCACCUUCGUCGUAAAGCAGCGGAAGAGCAAGGGCAAGAAGAAGAUCCGAAAGCUGCUGGGCGGGACCGACAACGAGCUCUUCCUCAAUCUCAACUGCUCCGUCUUCGAGUGCCAGGAGGCCAGCGAGCCCGACCAGUACAUCACCGGAGAGGUUACGAUCAACGUGCGUUCGGAGAAGGUGGUCACACAUGGGCUGUACCUCAUGGUGUACGGCCAAGAGGCAUUCCGCUCCUACGAUGCCGCUCGCAAUGCCAUACGCAAGUCGAAGCGCCCGGUUCUGGGGUUCUAUCUCAACAUCCUGGGCGACACGCCGUGGAAGGAGCGCAAGCGCAAUACGAUCACCCUCUACCGCGGCACGUACCGGUACCCGAUCCGGUGCGUGUUCCCGAAGAAGAGCCUGCUGGACCAGCGGCUGCCGCCCAGCUUCCUCCGCAUGAUGCCCAAGACGGGCAGCUACUUCCGUGUGGAGUACUACGCGAGCGUGGUCCUGGGCCUGCCCUUUCCGCACAGCAACGUCAUGUCCAUGAAGCACAACAUCCUCCUCCACAAUAGCAAGCGCAUGGACCGCAAGCUCAAGACCCGUGUUGAGCGCGUCGCCGGCUCGCCGGCCCACGAAGCGGUGGAGAAGCGAUUCCUGAUGAAGGCCGACCGACGGGCGCGAUUCGAGGCGCACUUGGACAAGACCUUCUUCUACCUCGACGAGGAGUCAAUCACCAUCACCUGCAACAUCGACAACCGGUGCUCCAAGUCGCGGGUUCAUGCCGUCUCGGUCACGGUGUGCCGCGAGAUCGUCAAGCGCGGCGCGGGCGGGGUGGGCCGCUGGCAGCUCGUCGCCGACAACCAACGCGGCAUCCGGCCCAACGGGGAUGAUGACAACCAAAACGACGACAACAACGACGACAACGAUGAGGGGCAGCAGCAACGUCGCGGCGAUGAUGGUGACCAAGACGAGGCGGACGGCGAGGAGAUGGAGCUUCACGAAGAGGGCGACAACGAGUAUGAUGAAGGUGAAGAGGGAGACCGCUUGGGCGAGGAGUCGACCGAGGGCAGUAGCCCCGAGGUCGAGGAGAGGCCCGCGUGGGCUGGCCGCAGACGCGGCAGCCUGGGGAGCAGCGGCGGCGCUAGCUCGGCAGCGCCUCCCCUGCCCGGCCGACGAAGAAACAGCAUCGCCGGCGGGGAGCAAUCGAGCUCGUCGUCAUCAUCGUCAUCUUCAUCGACGCCCUCGCAGACACACGACGUCAUCCGCAGGUCGAGCCUGGGCGGCGCCGGCGCCAGCGUCGCAGCCGAUCCGCAGGCCUUCAUGCAGCGCCGCCGCAAUAGUCUCGCCGGCGAGCCGGGCGCCACCAGGCGCGAACCAGUCAGCAACAAUAACAGCGGCGGUGCGAGCAGCAGGUACCCAGAGAUGGGCCGCCGGCUGGGUGAGAAGCGGAUAUACCACGUGCAGGUGGACGCGGGCGAGAUGCUGCGCGGGGUGGAGCUCACCUACCCGGUGCGCUGGGGCGACGUGCUGGGCGAGUCGCUCUUCAACACCGCCACCUUCCACCAGACCUACCUCCUCGUCGUCUCCUUCCACAUGUCCUUCGGUCGCAUCGACCCCCGCGUGCGGAUCCCCAUCUUCCUCAUCAAGCGAUGCUGA